AUGGCCAGCUCAAGUAAACGCAGGAAAAAGAGCUCUCCCGUGACCUCGCAACAGUCCAGAAACCUUGACUUCUUUUUUGGCAAACAACGACAAGCCGCCGCACAGCCAAAGGCAGUCGUCGAUGGAGCUUCAGAAGGCCUAACAGACGAGGAAUACGCACGAAAGUUGGCCGAGCAAUGGGCUAAAGAAGAUGAAACCCGUGGCAGUAACGCUGGCCCAAGUAAUACAACAGUAACCGGGGUAAAAAAACGGAAGUUGAGCUCCUCUAAGGCUACAGAAAUAAGUGGCGUGGAGCAGCAGCAGCAGCCGCAGUUAUCCGCAACUGGUGGCGACAGCCAGAAAGCAAGGGAAAUACCGCCAUCGCUACCACAACUGGUGGGAACCGGCAAGCAAGCCGUCCUCAGUGUCCCACCUGCUCCGAAGAAAACAGCAGCCUCAGAGAGCGAUACUCUGGUCGAGGAGAUGCCGUUCGACACGGAUCCGCUCCAAUUUGACCCGGAUAUCUAUGGGAGCCUUGUUGCAAAGUGGCCCAAUGGGAAGGCGCCCUAUGGGCUUUUAACCAGAGCCUUUGUAUUGGUCAACUCAACAAGGUCGAGAAUUAGGAUUGUGGAUACGUUGGCGAACCUCAUUAGGACACUGAUAAGACUGGAUCCUGAUAGUUUGCUCGACGCUGUCUGGUUGACGACAAAUGAUAUUGGGCCAUCGUACGAGACUAAUGAAUUGGGUCUUGGAGGGUCAAUCAUUAGUAAGGCGCUCACUAAGACAAGCGGUAUUACACCCGCCGCGUUGAAGAAGUUGUAUAACAAACAUGGUGAUCCUGGGGAUGUUGCGUUUGAGGCAAAGGUGAAGCAAAUAGUUCUGAUGUUGAAAAAACCCACACCGCUGACGAUCAAGAAUGUCUACGCAACAAUCACAAAAAUUGCGUUGACCUCUGGAAAAGGCUCGCAAGAAAGCAAACAGCGUCAUGUAGAACGACUUCUAGUCGAUGCUAAGGGAGAAGAGAUACGUUAUCUCACACGCACUCUGAUACAGCACUUACGUAUCGGUGCUGUCAAGACCACGAUGCUAAUAGCUCUUUCGCGUGCGUUUUUGCUCUCUGCACCCGAUGGUGCAGGGUGGAAAUGCUCAGAGAUCCCGCAGGAUAAGGAAGGGCGGCAAGAGGCUUUCAGUAAGGCUGAGGAAAUUUUAAAGCAGUGCUUUGCUAGGAGACCAAAUUAUAAUGACAUCGUUCCUGCUCUGCUGAGAGGAGGUAUCGGUGUACUGCAAGCUGAGUGCGGAAUGGCUAUCCAUGUGCCGUUGAAGCCAAUGUUGGGUAGUAUUACGAGGGACCUGGAAGAUAUGAUGGUGAAGCUCCAGGGUAGGGCGUUUAGCUGCGAGUUUAAGUACGAUGGGCAGCGGGCACAGAUUCACUGUGACUCUGACGGGAAGGUGUCGAUAUUUAGUAGGCAUCUUGAACUGAUGACUUCGAAGUAUCCGGAUCUUGUAGAGCUUGUGCCAAAGAUUAGAGGCGAUGGCGUUGAGUCCUUCAUCAUGGAAGGUGAGGUCGUGGCAAUUGAUUCGCAAACGGGGAACAUUCAGCCCUUCCAGACGUUGGCGGGGAGGGAGAAAAAGAAUGUGGAGUUUAGGAGCAUCAGCGUUCAUGUGUGUUUAUUUGCGUUUGAUUUGAUGUAUCUGAAUGGGGAGGAAUUGCUCUCAAAGCCGUUUCGAGAACGGCGGGAAUUGAUGAAAAGCAUGUUUAUUGAGAUACCCAGAAGGUUCAUCUGGGUCAAGAGCCUAGACGCAACAUCUGCCGACGUGGAUUUAGUACGGGGAUUCUUCAGGUCUUCACUAGAGUCUAGAUGUGAGGGGAUCAUGGUGAAAGUUUUGGAUAAUAAAGCGUCACAAACAUUGUCACCCGAAGAAGAGGAAGAAUCCAUGGAGGAAGAACGCGUGCCAGUUUCGAAAGGCAAAGGCAAAGGUAAAGGUAAAAGCAAAGAAAAUGAAAAAGAAGGAGGAGAGAAAAGCGAAAGAGAAAAGGGUGGCUGGAGGAAAGCCUUGCUAGCAACUUAUGAGCCAGACAAAAGGCUAGAGUCUUGGUUGAAAGUAAAGAAGGACUACGAUUCUUCUGCCGACACACUGGACCUUGUACCCAUAGCUGCCUGGCACGGUAACGGAAGAAAGUCUAAAUGGUGGUCACCAAUACUCCUUGCCGUCCGCAAUCCCGAUACCGGCACUUUCGAGGCAGUAUGCAAGUGCAUGUCCGGCUUCACCGACAAAUACUACGCAGAAAUGAAAGAAUUCUACAACGAUGAUGAAUCCGAAGAAAACAAUAUAAACACCUCGAAGAGCAAAAAGGCGUACUACGAAACUUCCCUAAGCCCUGCGGUGUGGUUUGAACCGAAAGAGGUGUGGGAGAUUGCGUUUGCGGACAUCACAUUAAGCCCGACGUACUCUGCGGCCAUGGGAUUGGUGAGUGAGGAGAGAGGGCUCAGUCUGAGGUUUCCAAGAUUCUUGAGGAAGAGGAGUGAUAAAAGCAUCGAAGAGGCUAGUACACCCCAGUUUUUAGCUGAUUUGUAUUUCAAGCAGGAACAGGGUGGGAAAAAGAAAGCGGAUAUUCCUGAAGAUGAGGCAGAAGGAGAUGACGUAGAUGAUAGCCAAGAAGAACCAGAGGCUACAGAAGCUUAG